AUGGUUGAGAAUCUCGUUCUGGAUAAGUCUGUUCAGUGGUCUGGCUCCAAGGUCAGCAGAGUAGCCUCUCUUGCACAAGUAUUCCAAAGCCCCGUCGUCAACGUCAAGUUUGAGUGUCUUGCCGUUCUGCUCGAAUCUGUUCUCGAUCUCCUUCAAUCUCAGCUUGACGAUCUUGGAGAUGGCAUGUCUGGAAAGUCUGUUGAAAACAACAGUGGCAGAGAUUCUGUUGAGGAAUUCUGGUCUGAAAUGAGCCCGCACUGCACUCAUCACCAGUUUCUUGGUGUCUUCGUCCACCUUGCUUCCCUUGGAGGCAGAGAUGUACUCGGCACCCAGGUUCGAAGUCAUAAUGACAAUACAGUUCGAACAGUUGACCAAAGUUCCGUUGGCAGCGGUGAUUCUUCCGUCGUCGAGCAUUUGAAGCAUAAUGUUCAAAACUUCGGGAGCAGCUUUCUCCACCUCGUCAAACAGAACCACAGAGUAAGGCUUUCUCAGCAACAGGUUGGUCAACAUACCACCUUCCUCUCGAUUCUCACCAUGGCUUUCUCGUCAGCAAACAGGAAGCCAGCGAGUUUCUUGGCCAGCUCUGUCUUACCAGAACCGGAAAGACCCAAGAACAGGAACGAGGCCGGCUGGUUAGGGUUGGCCAGACCGGAUCUCGAUAGUCUGAUGGCAUUGGAAACAGCCUUGACGGCCUCUCCUUGGCCAACGACAGCAGAAGAAAGCUCUUUCUCCAUGGUGAUGAGCUUAGCGUUCUCGGCUUGA